UCUCAAAGUCUUCCGUAAGGAAACCAACUCGUGCCUGCUUGCAUGACUUGUUAGCUUGCUGUCAGUCGUCCAGUUCCUGCCAGUGUGAUCGUGGCAAUGCAGGAGUGGAAGGAACGGGUGUUGUAUGUAAAUGAGCGUUUCAAAAACUGAAUGGUCACCCGAUAAUUUUAUCUGAUAUACACAGCUAAUGACACCUGUUCAUUAAACAUUUCCACGUUACAAGCUAUAGCUACGAUAAUCUGUCGAACUGAAAGUCAUCACUGCCUCAUCAGUUUCCCUCAGAAGACUGCCCUCUCCUGGCCAUGCUUGCUGUGUAUGCUCUGCUGCUGGUGGUCGCUCCUGUAUACUCAGCAGAUUCCGACACACACCGACCCAGACAUGAUACUAAUCUGGAGAUCUACAAGCGUCUGUUUGAGACGAAGAGGAAAGACCAGCUAAAUGCGCUGAAGAACCUGGUGGAGCUAAAUGACAUCAACCAGCAAUACAAGAUCAUUGACAUUAUGCUGAAGGGCCUUUUCAAGGUCUUGGAGGACUCUCGGGCCGUCCUUGUGGCAGCCAACCUGCAGCCAAAUGACCCUUUCCCUUUGGACGACAAAAUCAAAGAGGCAUACUCACAUGUGGUGGAGAACACGGCAUUCUUUGGCGAUGUGGCACUGCGCUUCCCACGGAUCGUGCACCACUACUACGACCGUAACUCUGACUGGGGGAGUCUCCUGCGCUGGGGCCUGAGCUUCUGUAACCUCACGGGGGUCUUCACCGGGGGGGCGCACCAGCACGUCCUCACACUGAUGUCACAGGAGUUGGGAAUAACAGAGAAGUCCCCAGACUUUACCAACCCCUACCGCACAGAGAGAGAUGAUAUGCUGCACACAGCAGAGGCCUUCCAGAAAGUACUGAGAGAGGAGGAGAAGAGGAGGAGGAAGGAGGAGAAGAGGAAAGAGAUCAGAAAAGGCCCUCGGAUCUCUCGCUCCCGUACAGAACUCUAGCUUCUCAGCUCUACAAAAAAGAGAGGGAGAGAACAAGUCGAGAGAGAGAGGGAGAGACAGAGAGAAAAAGAUUAUGACAGAAAGGCAAAUGUUAUAGCAAUGCAAAAUGAAUAGCUCCCAUCCCACACAUGGUGCCAGGCUUCAGGGCAUAGUGAACAAAGAUUUGAAAGAGAGUAUGGAAAGACAGAGAUUUAAUUUCAGGCAUAGUCGGGUGGAGAGCUGUACCCAGGGUUCAUCAUCUUGGUUCUCAAGGGUUCCGUGUCUUUGUGGGUUUUCAUCACAGCCAGCUUUUCUAUUAUGUCCUUCACCAACUUGUCUAAUUACUGUUGCCUGCCAAUGCCUUUACACUGAAACACACUUGAGGAUCAGCGAAGUGUCAUGUUGAGUUGCUGUAAUCAGAGUUUUUGGUCUGUAGUUCUCACAUUUGGAAUUAAACUGGCUGCUUUAAAGACAUGUACAAGUGCUGGAACCCUGACAAUGUUUUUGUGCCCAAGAGGCACUCCAUCAGAUACAGUCUUCAGUAAGGGAUAAGUACAAAUGAGUUGCUUUCAAUUGUAUAAAUAGAUUAAUAUAAUUGAAGGUCUGGCAUGUGUUGAUUGCUUAAGGAGAUUACAGGACUUUUAAACAAAUUUCAUUACCUCAUUUUUUCAUACUAAAAUUUCCAGAUUGUCCAGAUUUAUUGUAAUAUAGUGUUUUUUUUUGCUUUGUCAUUUUUGAGGGAAAUUAUUGUUAAAUUAAAAAUGUGAAGAUAUUAUAGCCCUCCAGACCCAGGGAUAUGUGCACAGCGUUUUAUUUAUCAUUCAGAGUUUGUUUCUCUUUGGAAAAAGCUUUUUCUACCAUUAUAACAGGUAAUAAGAUGUAUGUGUUACCUUCCUGUUAGUUAAAGUACCACAAUUUCAUUUCCCAUGUAUUUAUUGUAGAGUACUGGUAGUCAUUGGAUGUAGAGGUACGGUUUGCUCAGAAAAUGUAAGACCAGUUUGAAAUUUCAAUGUUUUUUGUAUCUGUUUUCUGCUGCCAUUAGCAAAAUAAAGGCAUUUUUUCCAGCCA